CCCAGCUCCGCCAACCAGACGCUACGAUGCCGCUUACACGCAGCGCUGCCGGCCACCGUGCGCCAGCUCAGAAGAGCAGCCAGAACCCUCGGCGAAACCCAAGUCGCCAGUCCACUGCCGCCGCUCGCCCAGAUGCAUCUCAAGCAGCUGCCAAGUCCGGAAGAGCGCGCCCUGUCUACCGAGACUCUUCGGAGUCUGAUCCAAGUGAAGCCGAGUCUGCGUCGAGUGCGUCCGAGUCUGAAUCGGCCUUCAGCCAGGCUUCCGAACUGCCUGGUUUGCGUCGGAGGAGCACCCGAAUAGCAGCCGGGCAUGGCGGCAGAGCAAAGCAGAGAGCGAACGGGCGCUCGCAUCCGGCAAGACCCUCCAAGGGCCGUCCGUCUCCGAAGAAAGCGAGCAAGCCUGGGGCAAACAGCCGUGGUGCCGCUCCCUUCAGCUCGCCGAGCAAACGGCGGCACACGGCGGUACAGAACAUGGACGGGACCGGGGACGAGCUGCCCCAGGACCACAUCCCAAAUUGGAGGGAUCCCCGGCUUCCUUUCGAUUUCUGGGUCGGCGUCUUCACGUUUGCCCGCGACGCCGGCGAUGCAGAACCCCCAAACACUCGCUGGCUUCUCCAGGCGGCUACCACCUGUCGCGCCUUUUGUGAGCCGGCUCUGACGGCAGUCUACCGCUGUCCGACCCUCAGACAGGCUUCCAAGGCAAAGCGCCUGGCUUCGCUGCUCCAGUGCUCUCCCGAAAAGACGAUGCUCGAUUACCGGUGCAUGAUUCAGUUUCUGCACAUUGACAUCCACAUUGUGCCACAGAGUACAGUCUGCCAAAUCAUCCGCUCUUCGCUUUGCCUUAAGGAGGUCAUUUUCUACACUCCCAAGGACCAGCCGCCCUAUAGAGAGCUCGAGUCGCACGUCAGAUGGAAUUAUUCGGAGGAUAUCCUCCACGCCCUCGCAGCGCCAUCCGACAAUCCCGAUGCUCUCAUCAAGCGGACGACCCCAACAAUGCUUAAAAGCUGGGAAUGGAGCGGGCGGCUUCUGGGCGGUCCUGUUGCAAACUUUAGCGACAUCAUCCAGAUUCACCAGAUGCCCGCAUUCACUCAUCUCAAACGGCUAAGCUUCACCAACUUCCAGGCGCCUUCGCUGCUCGAGGGUGACGAUGAUGAUGAAGGCCACAAUCUGGAGAUUUCUCUCAAAAACUUUGCGGCUACCACUGCUGUCGCAGACGCCAUCGCCCAACUCAAGUCUCUGAAACACCUCGUCUUCGAGUCCUCUACGAUCAUGACGAAACAGCUGCUUUCCCUCUUGCCCAAAGACCUGAGCCACCUGGAACUUAUCAAUUGCUGGGAGAUCGAGUCUGAAGACCUAGCCCAGUUUCUGCUCACUCAUGGCCAAUGCCUCCGCGCUCUGACUCUGAUGCACAAUCAGUCGCUGAACCUCGCCUUCUUGACGGUUCUGGCAGAAGCUUGCCCGAACCUGCGAGAGUUGCGCAUGAACCUGUCGUAUUUCCGACAUCAUGAUUCGGUCAAUGACUCGGACCCAAUGUAUGACUUUGCUCUCCUCCCGGACCAGGUGCCCACGUGGCCUGCCAGCCUCCGUGUCAUCGACCUCGAGCACAUCCGAAACUGGUCAGUCGAGACCGCAGAGAUGUUCAUCCAGUCGCUGGUUGACAAAGCCAAGGAUCUGCCCAAUCUGCGACACCUGGUCAUCAAAACCAUGCUCGAUAUCCCGUGGCAGGCUCGCGCUACUCUGAGGUCCAAGCUGAGGCCCAUGGUCGAACGGGUAUUCCUUCGCGAGUCGGAGCCACCGCAGUCAUACGCGACCAUUGUGCACGGAGGCAGUCCCCAGGAGGGUCUCGGACCACGCAAAAGAAAGCGAACCCCUCUAUCGGACUCUCCGUUGCGUAGGAGCAGCCGAAUCGAGACACAUGCCAACAGCUCGCCCAGCCGCUCCAGGAGAGGCCACAAGUUGCGGCGCCGUCGGCUCGGAGGGCCGGUGUACAAAGAACCCGACACCGACGAAGACGACUUUGACGAAUCGGACCCGUCGGACAGCGAGACCUCUCAAGUCCAGCAGGGCUCGGCUGCAGAAGAGCCGGCGAUCCAGGGGCUCUGCGACGUCGUCAGCAUUGUCUUUGACAACCAGAAACCCAGGGAGCUGCCUUUCACCAUGAGCGACUUCGUUUCUGAUGACGGCGUGUCUUCAGGCGAGGAGUGGAAUGGGGACGACGAUGAUGAUCAUGACAAUGCCAUUGCUUUUUAAA